GACUUCCCCCUCUGUGGGGCCGGAGCGGGGCUUGCUGCGACCCCACGGAGCCCACGAUCGCGCUUCCCCAGCCAGCGAGUCCGCCAGCACCAGCGUCCCACCGGCGCCUGGGACCAUGGCCACCGACUCAUGGGCCCUGGCGGUGGAUGAACAGGAGGCAGCGGCCGAGUCGUUGAGCAACUUGCAUCUUAAGGAAGAGAAAAUCAAACCAGAUGCCAAUGGUGCUGUUGUCAAGACCAAUGCUAAUUCAGAGAAGGCAGAUGAAGAAGAGAAAGAAGACAGAGCUGCCCAGUCUUUACUCAACAAGCUGAUCAGAAGCAACCUUGUCGAUAACACUAACCAAGUGGAAGUCCUGCAGCGGGACCCAAAUUCCCCGCUCUACUCUGUGAAGUCCUUUGAGGAGCUUCGGCUGAAACCACAGCUUCUCCAGGGAGUCUAUGCCAUGGGCUUCAACCGUCCAUCCAAGAUACAAGAGAAUGCAUUGCCUUUGAUGCUUGCUGAGCCCCCACAGAACUUAAUUGCCCAGUCUCAGUCUGGCACUGGUAAAACAGCUGCCUUCGUGUUGGCCAUGCUCAGCCAAGUAGAACCUGCAAAUAGAUACCCCCAGUGUCUGUGCCUCUCCCCAACUUAUGAGCUCGCCCUGCAAACAGGAAAAGUGAUUGAACAGAUGGGCAAAUUUUACCCUGAACUGAAGCUAGCUUAUGCUGUCCGAGGCAAUAAAUUGGAAAGAGGUCAGAAGAUCAGUGAACACAUUGUCAUUGGCACCCCUGGGACUGUUCUGGACUGGUGCUCCAAGCUCAAGUUCAUUGACCCUAAGAAGAUCAAGGUGUUUGUUCUGGAUGAGGCUGACGUGAUGAUAGCUACUCAGGGCCACCAAGACCAGAGCAUCCGCAUCCAGAGGAUGCUGCCCAGGAACUGCCAGAUGCUGCUUUUCUCUGCCACCUUUGAAGACUCUGUAUGGAAAUUUGCCCAGAAAGUGGUCCCAGACCCAAACAUUAUCAAACUGAAGCGUGAGGAGGAGACGUUGGACACCAUCAAGCAGUAUUACGUCCUGUGCAAUAACAGAGAUGAGAAGUUCCAGGCCUUGUGUAACCUCUACGGGGCCAUCACCAUUGCUCAGGCCAUGAUCUUCUGCCACACCCGCAAAACGGCUAGUUGGCUGGCAGCAGAGCUCUCCAAAGAAGGCCACCAGGUGGCUCUGCUGAGCGGCGAGAUGAUGGUGGAGCAGAGGGCUGCGGUGAUCGAGCGCUUCCGAGAGGGCAAAGAGAAGGUGCUGGUGACCACCAACGUGUGUGCCCGCGGUAUUGAUGUUGAACAGGUAUCUGUCGUCAUCAACUUUGACCUUCCCGUGGACAAGGAUGGGAACCCGGACAACGAGACCUACCUGCACCGGAUCGGGCGCACGGGCCGCUUUGGCAAGAGGGGCCUGGCAGUGAACAUGGUCGACAGCAAGCACAGCAUGAACAUCCUGAACAGAAUCCAGGAGCAUUUUAAUAAGAAAAUAGAAAGAUUGGACACAGAUGAUUUGGAUGAGAUUGAGAAAAUAGCCAACUGAGAAGCUCCGUCAGUCACCAGUGCCCACCCCUGGUGCUCCCCCUGCACGGGAGACUGGUGCUUUCACGGCACAGGCCUCGACAGUCGCCACAAAGAAGAGGAGGCAGAGGAGAGAGAAACUACCUACCUCAUUUUAAAUUACGUU